AUGAGUGUAACAGAGAGAAAGAGAGAGCGAGAGAGAUCCAAGGACAGACGGCACUGAGGGGAGGGGAAAUAACACACUCUCAGUCACACCUACCCCUCAGCCUCACUCAGCCUCUGUAAGAGAGACAGAACAGAUCUUGACAUUGUGAGGAAGAUGCAUGUCUACAUCAGAGGAACAUCCAGGACAGGACAAUAGCACCUAAAUCUGCUGAGACAAAUACAUGCCAAGGACUACAAUCAGCAAGCAGCAAGCCCAGAGGGAAGGACAUUUCAGAAAGGGCAACACAGGGUGGAAGAGGCAACAUUUGCAGGUUUAUUUUGUUGCUUAAAAAGGAACUAAAGAGCAAUCCCUAAUAAGCUGCCUCGGAUAUCCAGUGUGUCUCUGUCCGCAGAGAGCUCCCAGUGCUGCUGCUGCUGCUGCUGCUGUGAGGUUAUAGUCUCCGAAAAAGACUGCUUUACAGUCCAGAGACCAUGAGUGAGGCGAAGAAAGGUGAGCUAGCCAUCCGGGAUAAAGCCAUCCUGCACCAGCAGAGGCGUCUCAAGCAGGCCACGCAGUUCACACACAAGGACUCGGCUGACCUCCUGCCCCUGGACGGGCUGAAGAGACUGGGCACAUCCAAAGACUUGCAACCUCACAGCAUCGUCCAGCGCCGUCUGCUGGAAGGAAACAUCACGCGGCUGCGAGGGGAGGCCCGGGACCCCAACGCCAGGGUUCGCUCCCCGCUGGCUGACACCAAGGACGGACCCGCUGACACCGAGGAGAGGAGCGAGAGCACUGCAGACGACUCCACAGAGGAGAGGGAGUCUCUGGAGGAGAGCGAGAGGAGCUUACGAUCGGACGAAGAGGACGACAGCAGCGAAGCCGGAGCCAGACAGACAGCUGAGAAGAGCGAGGGCACGGACAGCUCGACCCUCCUCACAGCUCUGGUUGUUCAAUGCAAGUGCUGCGAGACUGAAGUCAAGGCAUCCAUCAACACCAGCAGCCAACAUAACCACAUCUCCAGCUCCUGCUGCCAGAGGCUGGGACUGGUACCCGGUCAGGACAGUUCACCCUGCGGUGGGAGCAGCUCGGUGACGGAUCUGCAGCUGCAGCUGGGCCGACAGACGGUCCAGUGUUCAGCCUAUGUCAAAGAGGAUGAGGCGUUUGAGCUGUGCCUGGGUCUUCAGACUCUGUUGGAACUUAACUGCUGCCUGGACCUGAGCAGUCGGGUCCUGAAGCUGGAGGGCUGCGGCGAGGAGCUGCCCUUCCUGAACCCUUCGACCGACAGCCACUGCCAACACGACACCAACGAGAACCUGUGAGCCCAACUCGACGGCGGCAACCACUCCCUCGAGUCUCGACCGGUUGCAGCAACGUGGCGCAGUGCCGUUUGUGUCUGGACGAGUCCGAUCACAGUGUCUCUCACACACUGCCAGAACAUGGAUGAGCAUCGGCCACCGUCGUUCUUGAGUUUACAUCAUUGUGUUUGUAGAAUUAAGACACUCACCAUGAUUAUCUUAUAUUAAAAUUAGUCUAGUUUACAGAGCGGGUGAAACCGAUCCGAUCUCUGAGAGUCUAAUCAUUCUUUAUGAUUAUAUUGUAUAUUAAAACCAACUUCUCUGCUUGGGUACACUGAUGAUCUUUAAAAGGGAAAACCAUUAUAAUCAAUAAAGUGAACUUUAGUGGAAUAUUUUGUGAUUUGGCUGAACGAAAAUGACUUUAAAUCAGCAAGUAAAUAAAAAGUGUUCACUGUAAAUCACUGUAGAUGAUCUUAAAGGAAAAGUUUAACAUUUUGGGAUAGUUCUUACCAAGUGAAAUGAGAAGAUAUCACACUCAUGACUGUGCAGUAAAUACGAGGGAGUCCCUAAGAAUCUGUUUUUUCACCCGGGGCCGGUGCCUUACAUCCUGCGCCACACAGAGCGUUGUGUGCUUCAUGCACGUUUUCGUUGGCUCACUUUUUGGAUAAAUUAGCAAAACCAUAGCUGAAAAAGUUGUUUAUCCACCUAAUAUUCGCCUUAACCCUAAAAUUAAACCAACAGAAAACCUCAUGCCUAUUGCUUUGUUUCCACUCCUGUAUGUAACUGGUGUCCGCAGAUUCGUAAAUAUACGGAUGAUGCCUCUAGUGUCCAACGCAAGGAAGUGCAUUUCUUUACAGAUGGAUAGAAACCUGAUAGAAACUACCUGUAGCCAUGACGGAGAAGCUAAUUAUGUCCGUUUUUAGCCAUCCAGUAGUUUGGAAUAUGAGCUUGGAACAUUACUGGGACAAAAACAAGAGCAAUUUUGUAUGGCAACAAAUACAUGAAUAUGUUGGCCUGCCAGGUAUGUGGCAUCUUUCGUGAUAUAUUUAAUUAAAAAGACGUAUGAGCGGUUAAACGAGUCAGUGACGAUCUGACUGUGUAACAGAAUAACAUUACUCAGAUGCACAAUGUGUUCAAAUUUGAUAAACAAAUUCUUUUUAUUUAAACAAACUCACUUGACGACCAACAGGCAACUGAACAGAAGGAAAUAGCCUGUUAGCUAGUUAGCAGCCUGUUAGCAAAGCUAGCACACUUAAAUUUUAAACAUCCAAUAUCAUGGAGAUUCCCAUGGGAACGAAUGGACUUCCGAAUGCCUCAUCUCCGUAUAUAUACGCAAGUGGAAAUAAGGCGUAACUGUAACUACAAAUAUAGACUUUUUUUUUUUUGGUUUAUUUUUUUGAUCAUCAGUUUACGAAGAUACAUUUAGGUUUUUGCUUUCUGUAACGUUACUGCUAGCACUGCUCCAACCACAACUAGAUUUUUACCUCACUGCUGAUAAAUUCUCUUAAAUAAACUGACCAUCAUAAUGUUACACGUUAUGAUGGUCAAAGUAUGUAGAUGGACUAAUUUAUGUCCAACAACAAAAAUCUAUGGGCGAGGGGAAUCUGCAACUAGCAGACAGACUGGGAACAGAUCAAUCAUUGAGUAUACGGUCAAUAAAUUAAAAACACAUGUACGGGAUAUUUCUCUGAUUUUAAAAAGCUGGCUGUGCAGAUUACGCCCUUACUAAACGUGACAAAAAAACCCGAUCGACACUAUCCAAAAGUGUUUCGCGCCCAAUUAUAAAUCAGGCUGUAGUCAUCAGGAGGUAGAGGGGAUGGUGGAUGGCUUGUCACCUAGGCGAGACGACUGCAAAGCUGCAGAACACUGUUUGACACCACCACACAACAAACCUGGUUGUGUUUUAGCGAGACACUGGUGUUUUUUCAGCGGCUGUUUAAUCUUCAAAUGUGGGUGUUUUUUAGCAAACCAUCGCUGUAUUUCCACCAGGAAUAGUAUGAUAAAUAGUGGCUAUUUUCUUACCAAGACAUUUAUGUGUUUCUUGUGAAGACAGUGCCACGAAAAGUGGCAAAACAUGAGCUUUUUCUAACCAUCACCAAGUGGUUUUUGUGCCGAAACAUAUCCACACUUUAAUCACAGCAUUGUUGAAAUGUAAAGUUUCAACGUAUCCACGACAUGAUAACAUACAAAUGUAACAUAUCUGUGGUUUGUAGAAAUGUACAAUGCAAACGUAGAAAGUAGUCUGCACCUGGCUGAGAAAUAGUCUAUUAAAUAAACCCACGUAACACCGCAACUUGGCAUAUUUUCCAUUUCAGUGAUCGUACGAAUUAAACCAUUAAACCUUGUUUGACUGACGUUUAAACUGAGCCAGGCUAGCUGUUUCUCCCUGUUUCCAGUCUUAGUGCUAAGCUAAGCUAACCAGCUACAGCUUCAUAUUUACUGUGCAGACAUGAGAGAGUUAUCAAUCUUCUCAACCUAAUCUCGUCAAGAAUGUGAAAAUAUUUCUUUCCCAAAAUGUCAAACUAUUCCUUUCAGAAUCAACAUGACUUAACUAUAAAGUGUCGGUACUCAGGAUCCCCUUUCCUAGUGUGUAAGAGGAACAUUUGAGAAGUUUUCUGUGUAAUUAGGUUUGGAUCAGGCUACCUCUUUUAGAGACAAGGACGGGUUCUCAUCUAGAAUUUUAAAAAGAGAUCUGAGGAAAACACCACCUUUUCUGAUGUACUUAUAUUCAGCUUUGUAAAGCCCCUUUGCUCUUUUUUUCCCCAUCAAAAGACUGAUGUGGUGAAGUUUUCCAGGAGCACAUUUCCAGUCUGUCAUGACAGCCUAGACUCAAUUACAGUAGUUCCCUAUAAAUCCCUCCUGAUAAAAAUAGACGUCAGGCCAGCCAGCAAAACAUAUUUGACUCAGCUACAGAAAUAUCAAAAACAUUCCAUCUGCAUGACUUUGUAAAGUUCUGCCUUUGUAUAAGUCUGCAUGUUUGUGUACUAGUCUGAUUGUGUCUGAAGGGGCUGUAUGUGUGUGUUUACGUGUGUAUGCGUGCGUCAGGAGUCGAAGCAGGGUUUUUCAUGCCUUGUUUUGGGCUUGUGUUUCACAUGGGGAAAAAGUGGAAUUCGUCCUAUCUUCCCCCCGAACCGGUCCGCCGAGCUCCAGUCUGAACAAGCUGCCAAAAGCCGACCCCAGCUGCCUUCCCUCUCUGCCUCUUUCAGGAGAUUUUCAUCACUCGGCUGAGGCUGUGCUCUGUGCCAAGGCCACUCUUCAAACUCAUCAACCUCUCUAUUCAGAAGACCGGUCUUCUUUGUGUAUUUACCACCUUUUUUUGGCUGAUGUUAUUAACUUUGACGCCUCAUGUUUGUCACAAGAGAAGAACUCCCCACUACAGUGUCACCUGCCUCUCUCGUCUCUCAGUGUUCUCAUAGUUUGGAGAAGCAAGAACUGCCUCAGAUCAUGCUGUGCUUUAACAACACCUGAGCCGUGCCGUGCUUUUGACUGUGCUACAAUAUCCAUCAAACCUCUUCAUGGACAACCGAGUUGCCAGAACAAACUUUGACACAGUACAUUUCUACAAACCAUGGAUAUACAUUUCAUAUGUAGCGAAUAUGUUAAAACAUGAACGUUUCAAUUUUCAAUUUCAUGUUUAGACAAUGCUGUGGUUAUCAUGAACUUUACACACAAAACCACUUUGUUAGUGUUAGGAAAACAUCAUUACAAUACAUGACUACAAAGCUUAAAACAACCGGUUUGGUUUCUACAAAAAGAGCUGGUAAUGGCCCGACCUGUUGCUAAAAAUUAUCUGUUUUUGUCGCUAUAAACACGUCCCAGAUUCUUGUUAAAAAGGACCCACUCUUGUCAUUACAAACAUGGCUGGAAAUGUUCUGAACUAUCAUUUAGAAGUACUCACUUUUGUCACUGCAAACACAGCUGAAAAUGCCCCAAACUCUCAUUAAAAAAUACCAGCUUUUGUCACUGCAAACACAACUGGACAUGCCCCAACCUGUUGUUACCUGCUUUUAAAGCUACAAACAGGGCUGGAAAUGACCCAACCUGUCAUUAAAAAAUAAUUGCAGGUGGACAUGGUCAGACAUGUCACAAAGAAUACCAGCUUUUUUCCACUGCAAACACGGCUGGACAUGUCCCAACUCAUUAAAAACUACCUGCUUUUUUUUGCUAAAAACAGGGCUGGAAAUGUCCCAACCUGUUGUUAAAAUAAUACUGGCCUUUGUCAGUAUGUCGCGACAUGUCAUUAAAAAUACCCAAUUUUGUCGCUAUCAAUCACUACAAAUACAGCUGGAAAUGUGCCAGCGUGUCAUUAAGAAAGACCCACUUUUGUCGCUACAAACACAGCUAAAAAUGUUCCUAACUCUGUUAAAAAUAUCCAGUUUUGUCGCUACAAACAUGGCUGGACAAGCCCCGACCUGUGGUUAAAAAAUACCCACUUUAAUCACUACAGAUACAGCUGGAAAUGUGCCAACGUGUCAUUAAGAAAAUACCAGCCUUUGUCGCUAGAUACAUGACUGAAAAAUGUCCUGACAAGUCAUUAAAAAAGGGAACUGCCCGUUAUUCCGACAUCCCAUUGUUCCGACCAUAUUAAACCCAUUGUUCCAAAGUCCAUUCCGAAAUCAUCAUGAUGCCCUGUGGUUAAGGUCUGGUUAGGUUUAGGCACAAAAACCACUUGGUUAGGGUCAGGAAAAGAUCAUGGUAUGGGUUAAAAUGAAAAAGAAAGUGGCAAACACAUAAGCCGUGAGCCUGCUUCACCUCAAGCCUUUCCCAGCUGACCCAGAGCCGGUCGCGGCGCACCAUCAAGGCAGAAAUACGCCCGCCGGUAGCCGUUCAGCACUGCGGACCAUCGGACUAAUGGGCUGUCGGACCAAUGGGCUGUCGGACCAAUGACAUGGACCCAUUAAAAAAUACCCAAUUUUGUCGCUACAAACACAGAUAGAAAUGUUCCUAACUCUUAUUAAAAAUAUCCAGUUUUGUUGCUACAGACAUGGCUGGACAAGCCCCGACCUGUGGUUAAAAAAUACCCACUUUAAUCACUACAAACACAGCUGGAAAUGUGCCAACCUAUCGUUAAAAAAGGAAGCUGGAAAUGUUCUGACAAAAAAUACCUGCUUUUGUUGUAUGCUAGUCUCAAACAGUGGUCUGCUGCUUGCCAGCCGUCUCACUGAGGUGUCACACCAUCCACCAUCCCCUCCCCUCUCCUCCUGAUGAGAAACAGAGCUCAUACACAUCUUAUCUCAACUACGUCAUAUACAUGAAUCAUACAAUUGUAGCAUAUCCUUGGUUUGCAGAAACGUAUAAUGACAACAUUUUAUUCUGGUAACUGGGUUGUCACGGAGGUCAUCAUUGCGUAGAUUGGCAAUGUUUGUUUCUCUUUGAUGUACUAGUGACCUUCCUACGCCGUAUGAGAGGAUUCAAUGUAUGACAGAAAUUUAUUUUUGGUGUUUCUCUUCUUCUGAACAGUAUUUUCUCUGCCUAAUAAAAAUAUGUAUUCUGGCUA